AUGUGGGAGUUCAGGUCCAUGUCUUUCUGGCGGGCGGUGUUCGCUGAGUUCUAUGGCACCAUGUUCUUUGUAUUUUUUGGGCUGGGGGCCGCCCUCCGCUGGACCACGGGGCCCCAUAAUGUCCUCCAUGUUGCCUUUUGCUUUGGGCUGGCGGCCGCCACCUUCAUCCAGUCCAUCGGCCACAUCAGCGGAGGACACAUCAACCCGGCUGUGACCUUCGCCUACCUGAUUGGCUCCCAGAUGUCCCUGUUCCGCGCUUUCUUCUACAUCCUGGCUCAGUGUCUGGGAGCACUGGCUGGUGCCGCUGUGCUGUACGGGGUCACACCUGGCAACAUGAGGGGGAACCUGGCACUCAACACAUUGCAGCCUGGCAUCAGUCUGGGCAUGGCCACCACCAUGGAGGUCUUCCUCACCCUGCAGCUUGUAGUUUGCGUUUUUGCGGUGACUGAUGAGCGCCGAAAUGGACGCCUGGGCUCUGCUGCCCUGGCCAUUGGCUUCUCUGUGCUCAUGGGGCAUCUUCUUGGGAUGUACUACACUGGAGCAGGAAUGAACCCAGCCAGGUCCUUCGCCCCUGCUGUCCUGGUCAGGAAUUUUGUUAACCACUGGGUGUACUGGGUGGGACCCAUGAUUGGAGGUGCCAUGGGUGCUCUGCUGUACGACUUCAUGCUGUUCCCCCGUAUGCGUGGCCUCUCCGAGAGGCUUGCCACACUGAAGGGCACCCGGCCCCCAGAGGCUGAGGGUCAGCAGGAAACCAGGGGAGAGCCCCUGGAGCUGAAGACACAGGCCCUAUAA